AUGGCGCCCAACCUCACAGAAGACGAGGUCGACGACCUCAUCUAUUUCGCCCGCGCCGGCGAGCAGGCCGACCUCGCCGAGGCCCUGGCCACCCUCUCAGCCCGCGAAUCAGUCGCCCCCGCCGCCAUCCUCACGGCGGCGCGCGACGAGAGCAAGGCGACAUGUCUGCACAUGGCGGCCGGCAACGGAAACCUAGAGGUCGUGUCGGCGAUCCUGGCCCACUUUGCAGAGCUGCCCGCCGAAGAGCGCAAGGCGGCUCUCGACCAGGCCAACGAGUUUGCCAACACGGCGCUUCACUGGGCGUGUCUACGCGGACACCUGUCCGUCGUCAAGGCGCUGCUCGAGGCGGGCGCCAGCCCGGCCCUGGCCAACGACAAGGAUGAGAUCCCGCUCGACUGCGCGCUGUUCGCCGAGAAGCAGGAUGUUGUGGAUCACUUCAUGGGCCUCUCGAGGGCGUUGGAGGGCGACAAUGGUGAGGGAGGUUUGAGUUCGGGCGUUGGCAGCGUCGAGGUCGAGGUCGAAGAGACAAAAGCGGAGCCGGAGGCAGGGAAGAGCUCAUAG